AUGGAGAGAAAAAGAAGCAAUGUUGGUUCCGUUACCAUGUUUGUAAUGAUGGUUGCAUUGGUUUCUCAGAACCUUGUUGUUUCUGUUAUAGCAGACAGUGUUAAGGAAGGGGAAAAUGAGUUCACUCCAGUGGCUCAUGCAGAAAGUUCUCCGUCGGGUUUAUCGAGUUCGUUAUGUGAACAUAGUCCACCACCUCAUCACUCUGGAGGUGGUUGUGGUAGCAGUAGUCCUCCGCCGUCGCAUGGUCAUGGUCAUGGACAUGGUCAUAGUCCUCACCAUCAUGGUCAUGGAAAAUCACCGCCGUCGUCAGGUAGUGGAAGUUACACUCCAACGCCAUCAACUCCCACCCCGUCGCCACCCUCGGGUAGUGGAAGUUACACUCCAACACCAUCAACUCCCACUCCGUCACCACCCUCGGGUAGUGGAAGUUACACUCCAACGCCAUCAACUCCCACUCCGUCAACACCUUCUGAUCCAACACCGUCAUCUCCUCCAAAUUGUGAUCCGACCCCGUCACCACCUGAGGAUGGAAGUAACACUCCAACACCGUCAACUCCCGAUCUAUCACCACCAUCAGGUGGUGGUGGAAGUUACACCCCAACACCAACAACUCCCGACUCUUCACCGCCAUCUGGAGGUGGAAGUUACACUCCAACCCCGUCAACUCCCGACACAUCACCACCAUCAGAUGGUAGUGGAAGUUACACCCCAACACCAACAACUCCCGACCCUUCACCACCAUCUGGUGGUGGAAGUUACACUCCAACCCCGUCAACUCCCGACACUUCACCCCCAUCAGAUGGCAGUGGAAGUUACACCCCAACCCCAUCAACUCCCGACUUAUCACCACCAUCUGGUGGUGGAAGUUACACGCCAACCCCAUCAACUCCCGACACAUCACCACCAUCAGAUGGUAGUGGAAGUUACACCCCAACACCAACAACUCCAUCAACACCCCCAACUAGCGACUGUGGAACACCGCCACCAGUUGACUCUACAAGCCCAACAACACCAUCAAACCCUCCUUCAGGAGGUUACUACACCUCACCACCAUCAGACCCUGUAACCCCAACAACACCGUCAAAUCCUCCCUCCGGAGGUUACUACACCUCACCACCAUCAGACCCUGUAACCCCAACAACACCGUCAAACCCUCCCUCCGGAGGUUACUACACUUCACCACCAUCAGACCCUAUAACCCCAACAACCCCAUCAAACCCUCCCUCAGGAGGUUACUACACUUCACCACCAACUUAUGGCGGAAGUACCCCAACCGAUCCUGGCACUCCCACUUACUCCAGCCCACCAACUUAUGGCGGAAGCACCCCAACCGAUCCUGGCACCCCCACUUUCUCCACACCACCUUACCUUCCUGCACCAUCUCCCUUCACUGGUACAUGCAACUACUGGAAUAAUCACCCACAAAUCAUCUGGGGAUUACUAGGCUGGUGGGGAACCUUAGGCAGCGCAUUCGGUACUUCCAGCGUACCCGGAUUAGGAUCAAGCCUCAGCCUUCCACAAGCACUUUCCAACACAAGAACCGACGGGCUUGGAGCGCUAUACAGAGAAGGUGCAGCUUCCUAUCUUAACUCCUUGGUGAACAACAAGUUCCCUUACACAACCGAGCAAGUCAGAGACAGAUUCAUAGCAUCACUUGGCUCAAAUAAGGUUGCAGCAACACAAGCCAAUCUCUUCCGGAUGGCCAAUGAGGGGAGAAUGAAGCCUAGAGCAUGA